AGCCGCAGCCGCGCGUGCGCGCGAGCGAGUCGAACGCUGUUGCUGUUUGGCGCGAAAAAAGUAAUGGGUCUGCUCGAGCUGUGCCAGGCGGCCUUCGGGGCGGGCGACCUCUACCAGGUGCUGGGCGUGAGGCGGCAGGCGUCGGCCAAUGAGAUCCGCCGUGGCUACCACAAGGUCUCCCUCCGGGUACACCCGGACCGCGCCGACUUGGCUGAUAAGGAGCGCGCCACCCGGCAUUUCCAGAUCCUGGGCAAGGUGUAUGAAGUAUUAAGUGACAAGGAGCAGCGGGCUCUGUAUGAUCAGCAAGGGAUUGUGGAUGAGGAAUCGUCUGUGCUGACCCAAGAUCAUAACUGGGAAGAAUACUGGAGGCUGCUUUUCAAAAAAAUAACUGUAAAAGAUAUUGAAGAUUUUGAAAAGAAAUACAAAGAUUCCGCAGAAGAGCUGGAGGACAUUAAAGCAGCAUAUGAAGACUUUAAAGGCAAUAUGGGCAAAAUUAUGAACUCUGUGCUAUGUGUUGAUUAUACAGAUGAGCCAAGAAUAAGAAAGAUUAUUCAACAUGCCAUUGAUUCUGGAGAACUUCCAUCUUAUAAGUCCUUUGUAAAUGAGUCUAAGAGAAAGAUAAAUGCAAGGAAAAGGAAGGCAGAACAAGAAGCUAAAGAGGCAGAAGAAUCCAGAGAAAAAAUGGGGCUCGGUGAAGGAGAUGAUGAUCUGAAAGUACUAAUUCAAAGCAGAGUUGAUAGUCGAAAAAAGGAAAUGGAUGAUUUUCUGGCUCAGAUGGAAGCAAAGUAUGGAAACAAAUCCAAAAAAGGAGGAAAGAAAACAACAGCUAAAAAAUGACUGAUUUUAUAAAUGUUCUUCAUUUACCACUAAUACAGUACACCUUCAGCAAUUAACUGAUGUAAAACAAAAAAUACUAUGAAAAUGCUAUAGGAUUUUAGGUACAAUUAACAAAUUUCCAGUAAAAUAGCUUUGAACACUUGGAAGAGAAGCCCUUCUGUACAGAAAACUUGAUCAAAACCUUACUAUAUUUAUGUAGAAUAAUAUUGUUCAUAUGUAGAGUUGAAUGUAAAUCCCUCUUUAAAAUUAAAAAAAUAAACUUAAACUUAAAUGUAUUUUUCAGAAGUAUACUAAAAACAUUAUUGUAGGUGAAACUUACAGAUAUUUGGAAACACUUCUUUGAAAUAAAAUAUUAAGUCAACUUUUCACAGAUACAAUAGGUAAACUAUUAUCACAAUACUACCUGUAUACAUAAGAACUAUAUAUUAAUAUUUCUGACAACUCUACAAACCAAUUUCAUCAAUGCUGCAUGAACUGAAAUUUUAAUGUUAACAUAGCAAGAUAGAGUUCUGGGGGAAAACAUUUCUUAAAAGCAAUUAAUAUGCAGAUAUAUCAGUGCUUGUGACAAUUCUUUGAAUUCUCUGGAUAUAUUUGAUGUAAAGAAGAAUGUGCAUUUUCAUUCUGGCUUAUAUAGGAUUACAGAUGGGGAUCAGUCUUUCAGUAUCUUACCUCUAAAAUUCCACUCUGGAAGAGAUGUUAGCUGUGGCAAAACCCAUUUCCAACUGGCUUGCCAUGCUCAAACCCAAAUUGGCUGGGACAGGAAAUGUGUGUAUGUAUGUGUGUCUGUCUCUCUCUCACACACAUCACAUCUCAACCAACAUCCUGUUAUAAAUGUGCCAAAUCGUUCACGGGAACCCUUGCCCUGCUUUCGUACUCCUCAAUUACAGCCCCCAGCCUCUAUAGGUUAGCCUGCCUGGCCUAAGGGCAGGUGGGUAGAUUGCUCCCUCCCAGGCAGUUAAGUAACUUGUAAUCUGGGAAAUGUGUAUUCACCUGUCAGUAAUUUAGUCAAUCUAGUUCUUUUCACUCACACAGUAAAUGCCCAGCAAGCUUGAUAAAUUACAAACACAAGGCAAAACUUACUGUUAAGAUAAUCACUGCAGGCUGAGAGCAACAUAGGAGUAAGCUGUUCUAAAAGCAAAGAAGGCACUGGCAGACUGCAUAAUCAACAGAUCAGCUGCUCAAAAUGAAGUCAGCUUUCCAAAAUACAGCAAGUGUGAGCAUUUGCAUUACAAUUCCAAUGACACGUACUGCUUUGAACAUAGAGAUUCAUCUGAUUUUUAAACAGAAUCAGUUAAUUAAAUUUAUUAUGGCCGCCCAAUCUAAAAGACUGGGUUGUCUACAACAUCAGAAUAUAUAAUGGCAGCAAAACAUGACAGCUCAGAUUAAAAAAACCAUAAUCAAAAAAUAUGACAGGAGCUCCACAAAUACACUAACCCCUGGCCUGGGAACAGAAGAAAUGGAGAAACAUCAAAUAUGGAGAGGAAAACAAGAGGGUUUACGUGCAUAGAUCCAAUUGUCCUACAGUCCCAGGGCUGUAAUCAAUCUGAUGGCACUAAUUGAAUUUCAAUGGCAAGAUUUUCUAACCUUUGAGAGACAGGAAGCACAAAAACAGUUUUGAUAAAUUCUAAAAAACAGACAUUCUUCCAUUUCUUAAGAGAGUAUCUGCAUCCAUGAUGUUCCUCAACCAGCUGCACCGUUACCCCAUCCACAGUAGCUUUUAGCUAAAGAAGUGCAGUGCAAUUCAUAGGCAGCAAAAGAUUUAUGGCUUAGUGCAUUGUAUGAAACCCAGUCUGACUUCCUCAGGAAACUAUAGUUGAAAGAGUGGGUUAGUAUUGUGCAUGAACUUCGCCAUUCUCUUACUGUCCCUUAGUGAAAAAAAAAAUCAGCUUUUAUUUCUUGAUAGGAGACGCAAUUCUGCUUUAUCAUGUCAUUCAGGCAGUUUGGUCUUCCUAAGCAAACUGAUGCAUAUGUUUGUGUGUGAGGAGUGAAAUAAACCAGCAUGCACAGCUCAGAAAAGGGAGUUUAGGGAUCAAAAUGAGGAAAACUGCAAGCGAGAACUUGAUAAAAUCCAAAAAGACUACCACUAAAUAAUGUGAUCUAUGCCCAGUUUUCCUGUUCUGGUCUUGAAGUAAAAGGAAGCCUCCAGAAAUGCCAUGAAAUAACCCCCAUAACAUGUUCUUGCCCAUAACAUUUUCUAACUAGGAUAUGGCAACAGAGGAAGAAGGGAAGAAGAAACAGAGGGGGAAAUAGCUUGAUUAUUUGCUGUAGAACACAAAGCUAUUUUUUUUUUUUUUUUGGUUAGGCAUGACUGGGGAGGUCAGGCCUUCUUCAGGAGAUCUGAGAGGGCAGCUUAUCCUGCUGCUUUAUUGCAUGGGAGGCACAAUCCCAACAGAUGGAAAUGCCCUGAUGGUUCUAGCAGAAAAUUAGACAAUAUUGAUGUAGUUACUAAAGGAGCAAACUUGAGUAAGGGUAUGAAGAGUCCCAAACAUUCUUUAACCAUGUUCAUAUGUAACAUUACAUUAAAGAGAUCGAAUAUAUUUGAGGGGUCACCUCUUCCCAAUCACAUCUACCCAUCCCAUCAGGUCUGGCAGGAAGGGCAUGUUAGGGACCCCAUCCACGAAGGAAUGUCAUUUGAUGGGUCCCAGGAGGAGAGUCUUUUCUGCUGCGGCACCUGCCCUUUGGAGCAUCAUUCCCCCUGA